UCUAAAGAAAUGAUAAUUAGAAUAUCGAAUGAUUAAUUUAUUAUUUUAAUAAAUUAAUAUUCAGAUUUUGAAGGUUGGAAAGAUUCGUAAAAGGUUUUAACAAGCUAUGUGCAAAGUGGUUAUUAUUUGAAAUUUAAUAAAUAUGAAGUGUGCAUUAAUGGUUGCAGAGAAGCCAUCUUUGGCAGCUUCUCUUGCUUUUAUUCUUAGUAAUGGUCGGUGUACGUCAAAAAAAGCUCCAAAUAAAUCAUGUUCGGUACACGAAUGGAUAGGGGAGUUUCGAACAGAAACGGUGAUGUUCAAAAUGACAUCAGUUUGCGGGCACGUUAUGACCUUAGACUUUAUUGGCAAAUAUAAUAACUGGGAUAAAGUUGAUCCUGUAGAAUUAUUCUCGUGUCCUACAGAAAAAAAGGAAGCCGCACCUAAACUCGCAAUUCCAUAUUUUCUUGCCAAGCAAGGCGCUUAUUGUGAUUAUUUAAUAUUAUGGUUGGAUUGCGACAAGGAAGGUGAAAAUAUUUGUUUCGAAGUAAUCCAUGCGAUACAAAAAGUUAAAAAACUAUCUCCAAAUGACAUUUGGCGUGCUAAAUUUUCUGCAAUUACUAACAAAGAUAUAAAAAAUGCUUUUGCUAAUCUCAUUAAACCUAAUGAGAAUGAAGCUAAGAGCGUGGAUGCACGCCAAGAACUCGAUUUGCGGAUCGGUUGUGCAUUUACCAGAUUUCAAACUAAAUUCUUUCAGGGAAAAUAUGGUGAUUUAGAUGUUUCGCUUAUUUCCUAUGGUCCUUGUCAAACACCGACUUUAGGAUUUUGCGUACAAAGGCACGAUGAAAUUCAGACUUUUAAACCUGAUCCAUAUUGGGUUCUUCAACUUACAAUUAAAUCACCGGAAGGACAGGACAUUCCUUUGACUUGGAGUCGUAUAAGAUCUUUUGAUAAAGAAGUGGCUAACAUGUUUUUAAAUUAUGUUAAAGAAUAUACCUACGCAACCGUAGUAAGUGUGCAAAGUACAGAAAAAACAAAACCACGUCCUAUAGCUUUAAAUACGAUAGAAUUGAUGAGAGUAGCCAGUUCUGGUUUGGGAAUGGGACCUCAUCAUGCUAUGCAAAUUGCUGAACGUUUAUAUACUCAAGGAUAUAUCAGUUAUCCUAGAACAGAAACUACGUCUUAUCCUGAAAAUUUUGACUUAGUGGGAGUAUUAUUGAAACAACGGUAUGAUCCAGAAUGGGGAGAGCAAGUGCAACAAAUACUUGAAAGAGGAAUUAACGAACCCAGAAAAGGUGUCGAUGUUGGGGAUCAUCCACCUAUCACUCCUAUGAAAUAUGCUACAAGAAAUGAACUAGAUGGUGAUGCAUGGAGAUUAUACGACUAUAUAACUCGACAUGUUAUUGCAACUGUGGCACGAGAUUGCAAAUAUUUAAGCACAGUAAUUAAAUUUAAAGUAGGUAUGGAAAUAUUUACUGCAACUGGUCGUACAUUACUAGACCCUGGAUAUACUAGUAUUCUUACUUGGCAAUCGUUUGGAACCAACGAUACGUUACCAAAGAUUUCAUUUGGAGAAAAAGUUGAUAUUCAAGAGGCCAAAUUAGUUGAACUUUAUACUCAACCACCAGAUUAUUUAACAGAAGCAGAAUUAAUAUCUCUCAUGGAAAAGCAUGGUAUCGGAACAGAUGCUUCUAUUCCAGUGCACAUAAACAAUAUUUGUAUGAGAAAUUACGUUACUAUUGCUCCCGGAAGAAAAUUAGUACCUACUUCAUUAGGUAUAGUUUUAGUUCAUGGAUAUCAAAAGAUAGAUCCAGAAUUAGUUUUACCGACUAUGAGAUCUGCAGUAGAAGAACAAUUGAAUUUAAUAGCACAGGGUCGUGCAGAUUUUCAUGCCGUUUUACAACAUACUGUUGAAAUAUUUAGACAAAAGUUUCAUUAUUUCGUUGAAAGUAUCGAAGCCAUGGAUCAAUUAUUCGAAGUCUCUUUCUCUCCUCUUUCAGCUUCUGGCAAAGCACACUCAAGAUGUGGUAAGUGUCGACGUUAUAUGAAGUAUAUACAAACCAAACCAUCGAGAAUGCAUUGCGCGCACUGCAACGAAACGUAUAAUCUACCUCAAAAUGGAAAUAUUCGUAUUUAUAAAGAAUUAAAGUGUCCACUGGAUGACUUUGAAUUAUUGUCUUGGUCAACUGGUGCAAGAGGCAAAAGUUAUACAUUUUGUCCAUAUUGCUAUAAUAAUCCACCAUUCAGAGAUAUGAAGAAAGGUAUGAGUGGAUGUAAUUUAUGUACACAUCCGACAUGUCCCCAUGGUUUAAACUCUAACGGAAUAUCCAGUUGUUUGGAAUGUGAUACAGGAAUUCUUGUUCUUGAUCCUUCAGCAGCACCCAAAUGGAAAGUUGGGUGUAAUCGUUGUGAUGUUAUUAUUCAUUUAUUUGAAAAUGCUCACAAAAUAACGGUAGAUUCUGAUGUAUGCGAUUGCGGGGCACAAUUGCUUAAUGUGGAAUAUAAACAAGAUAAAAGUAAAUUACCAGAUGAAGCAACUGAAACUUCUGGGUGUAUUUUCUGUACCCCGGCAUUCAGAGCACUUGUUGAAAAACAUAGGGCGGUAGCAUCCAAACCAGUUGCAACUCAUGGACGAGGGCAUGCCAAAGGUCGUAGCCGUGGCAAACCGCGUCCUCCUAAGGAUAAAAUGGCUCAACUGGCAGCAUAUUUUGUUUAAUAAAGUUUGAAAGUAAUGUCUAUCUAUGUA